AUGUGGUCCUAUCUAUCAACGUUGCUCGCGCUGCCUAUUCUAGCCCUCAUCUCUAUCCCACUCAUUCUCUCAGCAUGGGUUACAAUCUCGGCUGCGCUUUUUGCGCUGGUAGUCAGGCUAUUAGUGGUCUACGUUGAGGUGGCCUAUGGAUUGGUCGUGCAUUUCUUCUCUGUGCCGACCUCACCCACCUCGUCAUUGUUGACAUUCGCGGCCUCAGAACCUACAACCCCAGCUGCUGGUAGAUCAAGAAGGAACUCUAGCCAAACGACAACACAUCCGCAAAAGACAAAUGAUUUCCUUAAUUCCUGGACAAUUGUUACCAGUCUGGAUGACCCAGCAAACCGCAAAAGGAACUCUUAUGCACGGAGUAUGAUUGAGGCCCACCAUUUAUCUACACCACCCAUCUUCGGCCUGCCAAUAAGCGGCGAUGAAAGGCGAGACUUUGAAGGCGUAGGUGGAUGGCGCUCGUAUGGGGCAUCCAAAUCACGCAGCUCACGUGCUCCUCACGAGAAACCCACAAGCUCGAUCUCGUCCUCUUCGAUACAUAGUACCGACGAUGUCGAUUCAGACGCAGACAUCGACGCAGAUGAGCGAGCCUGGCUUUCUCUCAACAGCCGUCUUGAGUUUCCCUCACAUCUUGUUACGCUAUGCACAAGUGUCCAUGCUGGGAGUACCCUAAACAGCCCCACGCAGCACGAAAGUGCUGACUGGCGCAACGGCCGAAGCAAUUUCCAAUCGCUAAGGGGAGCAACGGCCUCACAGGGCAUCUACCCCGAGAAGCAAAAAGACAAACCAAGACACCACCACCGAUCGCUUACGACUUCCUCGCUAAUGACUUCUGACCGGCGUACGGGCACGGGACUCUCCCUGGCGCUAUCAACCGGGCCUGGCAAUCCAGCUGUUCAUCCGAGGGAGAGCGGGCAGUCAAUGUUGUCGUCCACGGCACGACCCACAGCCCCGUUUAUGACGCCGCAGCCAUAUGGGCGACUGGAUUCAAACUUUAAUCCCCAGUCGCGGGCUCUCCCGCGUGCUUCCACCGCUAGCGGUGCACCGUUCACGGGCUCCUAUCUCUCCACCCUUGGAGAUGGAGCGGGCUACAGCUUCGCGAGCAACGGUAGUGGCGGGAGCUUCCCUAACGGAGGCGGGGGGUGGCCUGGGUCCUCUGGUAGCCAUAUUCUCUCUGGAAGAGUUAGCCCCGGUACUAGUGGUUAUACUACCCCCGGAGCUGGUGUGUCGACUGAAGAGCGUGAUGCUUCAUCGGUGGGGCUAGCGCGCUUGAUGGCGCAUUAUCCCACUAGCCCUAGGCGCCGGAGACAAAGUAUCUCUGGGCCGAAUUCUAGGGGGCUGGCUGCCGGAGAUCGAGCUGGGUGA